AUGACUGGCGAAAAAUACAAUUCUUCGUCAGCGGAAGCUGGUGCUUUUAACCAGUACUUUGCUUCCGUAUUUCUUCCUAAACCCCCCACUCCUCUGUGUACCACCUCCGUAUCAGUACAGGACCAACUUGAUACGAUUACUGUGACAGUCGAAGAAGUUAAUGCGUUGCUAUCCAACCUAUCAACAGCAAAGGCUACAGGUCCAGAUGGAAUUUCAGCCAGACUUUUGAAAGAGUGUUCAGGUGUGCUUGCUCCUCUCUAA